CCGGUAUUCGUCCCUGGGACGCUGCAUCUCUCUCUCGCGGGAAACCCUCGGCAACCCCGACGCCUGUCCUCCCUGUUGCGUCCUCCAUUGGCGAGCCGAACAACCAACGGCCAGUAUUCUUCCAGCGGUGGCGGCAGUGCGACGCGACGACUUCGCUCGAACACAUCAAAAGGCAGAGUGUCCAUGGGAACUGAGAAAUUUAUGUUUUCUAGCCCUCGUAACAGGGGGGAGCCCAGCAAGCAAGAUGAAGAGGCCUCUGAAGAGCUAACAGAGGAGGAUUUAGAGCACGAGCUUGCUGAUAUAACCUUUGAAGAUCUCCAAAGAGCUCGGGCUGAUGGCUCCCAUCGCUCCCAUGCCACCCAGCUUCAUCAACAACUGAAGCCCAGCCGUGCUAACAAGAAUAGGCCAAUGGAGAUGAGUAGCAAAAUGAGAGUUGGGAGGUUUAGGGAGGUCAUCCAGGCACCCAAAAAGGUUGUCAGAGAUCCACGAUUUGAAUCUUUAUGUGGAACUCUUGACACAGAUGGGUUUAAAAAACGAUACAGUUUUCUGUUUGAGGUUGAACUUCCUGCAGAGAAAGAGAGACUUCAAAAGUUGAUCAGGAAGUCAAAAGACCCAAAUGCUGUUGAGGAAUUAAAGAGCCACCUUUCUUGGAUUGAUAAACAGAUAAAAUCAGGUCCUCGGAAGUGUGCUGAAUCUGAGAUCUUGUCUGAGCAUAUAAAGAAAGAAAGGGAAGCAGCAAAACGAGGGAAACAACCAUAUUAUUUGAAAAAAUCGGAAAUUCGAGAAAGAAAACUGAUACAAAAGUACAAUGAACUCAAGGCUGCAGGAAAGCUUGAUUCUUACAUUGAGAAGAGGCAGAAGAAAAAUGCUUCCAAGGACCAUCGUUACAUGCCGUACCGCAGAUCUGGCAAUGAUGCACAGGAAUAGGGUCUUGUUCUUUUGCUCAAAGUCAAUGUGCUUUGUUUAUUUCCAUACCCUACCACAGAUCUGGCAAUGAUGCACAGGAAUACGGGCUCAUGGUUUUGCUCAAAGUCAAUGUGCUCUAUUUAUUUCCAUCCCAACCCCGAAAGAAUUCUCUGCUGCUCCUCAUUCUGCAGGAUUUUGUAGUGCCCAGCUUUGUUUGCUUGAAUGCAGGCUUGUACAAGAAAGGAAAAAAACAAGAGAAGAGCGAGCGAUCAAGCAUUUUUACCACAUGUCCGUGUGUCUGAAACCUGACCCAGUACAAGAAUAUUUGAUGCAAACUUAGCAAAUAGCAAGUUGUUCUUGUUUAAUUUUAUUCUCUUUCUGGAAGAACAAGAUCUGGAUAGUUGGUCAUACAUGUUGCAAACUAUGGGUGUCUGCUUUGCCUGUCAAGAUGCCAAAACUAAGUCCUUGGAAUUGUAUUGAAAUGUCAGCAAUUGCAAGCAGCAACCGCAUCACUAAAUCCCCUUCUACAAUGUGUGUAUUUCUUCCAUUUAUAUUUAGUGAGUGUGGUUUUAUGGUU